AUGCAAAGGCACGACGCCAGAAAACACUACAUUCCGAAUGAGAUUUACACACCUGCGCAGUCGGCGAUUGAGUAUCAGAAUAUACUCUUCGCGGGUGGUCUCAAGGGAGAUGGCUCGAAAUACUUGGGCUCUACGCCAGAGGUUGAUGAAGCAUGGGAUGAUCUCUACAACAAAACUUUAAUCUCGCAAAUCUUGCCCGACGCAGCUGCACAGCUGCCCAACGCCACGACGCGAUUCUCCAACGACACCGACUACCACAUCGUGGAGCUCGACGUCUUUCACCAGCUGCACUGCCUCAACAUGCUGCGCAAGCUCGUCUACCCGGACGCCUACCCGACAGAUCUGCUGUCGGGCUCGGAGGAGGCCGAGGGCAACGUGUUUCACCUGGAGCACUGCUACGAGCAGCUGAGGCAGUCGCUGCAGUGCGCGUCCGACCUCGCUACCAUUACGUGGCAGUGGAGCAGGAAGCGAAAGGGGUUUGUUGGGAAUGUGCACACGAUGCAUACGUGCAGGAAUUUUGACAAGAUUCAUGAGUGGUCGGUCAAGAAUGUAGCGGCGCAGGAACUAAACUUUUUCGAAUAUGUCGAGGGAGCGCCAAUUUUUGAGAAUGAGUAG